AUGGACAGUCCUAGGGUGGCACCCGGGGCCAAACCCCUGGCCGUCACCUCCCCUGAACCCUUCCUGCCUUCUUACGAUGCCGUAGUUGGAGUAUUGCUUCGCCUCUGUGUUUAUAUCGUUGUCGUGCUUUAUAGCUCUGCGAAGAAGCUGUUUGCAAAAAAGGAUGACAGUAAAGUGAGGAAACUGGAUGUCCCCGCCCACUGUGACCGCCAUUGCUUCAAGGAUGGGCCAAUGAGAAAUGGCCUGAUUGGGCAGCGGCCACCCUCCAUCCACCCUGAGAGACUGAAAGAUUUUGGAGAAGAAGACUUCCUCGAUGGAGGCGUGAAGACGUGGGAAAUGAAGAUCGUGAGCCACAACGAGGAACUGCUGAGAGACUCGCCCAGCCGCCCAAAUAGGAUUAGCUUGGCAGCCUACAAUAGUUGCAUUCGAUUUGAAGAUAUCAGUGCAGCGGCUUUUAAAAUCCAGUGCGGAGUGCAGAAAACACCCUGCAUGUAUUCUCGACUUUCGAAGCAAUAUGGAAUGGACCUAUAUCUAAAGAAAGAGUUUCUCCAGUAUACAGGAUCGGUCAAGGAGCGGGGUGUACUUUACCUUCUGAUGUCUUUACAACAGGAGCAACAAAGAAAAGGGGUGAUCGUUGCCUCGGACAGCAACUUCUCCAUGGCGGUGGCCUAUCAUGCCUCGGAGCACCGCAUCCCCGUGUUUGUCAUCAUGUCCACCAGCACCUCGCCCGCCAAAGUGAAAAUGUGCCGCGAAUAUGGGGCCAUGGUAAUUUCCUAUGGCGCCACAGAGAGAGAUUCCCAGCUGCAUGCCAGGAGACUGGCACAGGAAAAUGGCUACCUGUAUCUUGAAGAGGAAGACAAUGCUGUGUUUCUAUCAGGGCUGGGAACCAUGGGAAUGGAAAUCUAUGAACAGGUGCCAAAACUGGACGCAGUGAUCUUCCCCGCAGGGGCGCACUGCGGAUUGCUAGCUGGCUCGGCGGUGGCACUGAAACAUUUGAACCCGCAUAUUUCUGUGAUUGGUGUGGAGUCAGAGGGGUUCCCUGUAUUGCAGCAGUCACUAAACAUUGUCCAACCUAGUGAAGAGCGCUCCCAAAGCAUCCAGCCGUUUUACAGAGAUGUGAGUGGACCUUGUUUUGCUUCCAAUUCUUUGCAACUGACUGAAAAAUUUGUCGAUAAGGUUGUAGCAGUGAGAGAAGAGGAUAUUCUUGUUUCCAUGCUGAGGCUGCUGGAGUACGAACGUGCCACCAUAGACGCAGAAGGGGCCAUUGGCCUUGCAGCAGUGGUAGCUGGGAAAUUGCCGGAGUUAAAGGGCAAAAGAGUGGCUGUCGCUGUGUGCAGUGGGAACCUGGAACUCCCCGUCAUGCGGCAGUGCAUAGACCGCGCCCUCACCAUUGACAACAGAGUGUGCAAAUUCUCCAUCCUGGUUUCUAGCGCAUGGGAGAUGUUUCAAAGCUGCUUGAGAUCUUGGCUAGGGAGGAAGCAAGGACAGGUGUGCGACAAGCAGCUCUUCCAUCAGUCAGGCCUUUCUCUGAUGAAGCUGAUGGUCACAGCCAAACAGAAGCAUUUAUCACAGGUCACCUGCAUCGUAGAGACCAGAGACAAGAUCCACACCGCGCAGUUGAGAAACCUCCUCGUAGAUCGCUACCCAAUGAUGACAUGGAUGGAACGGUGA